CAAACACAUCUCAAGCGCUACCAUAGUGCCACUUCUACCGACUCCAGCCGAACAGUGGACCACUGAAGAAAAGAGAAUAUAAUGACAUAUCGCCUCUUCCUAUCUAAUUACUUCGGGAAUAUGUCAACACACGCGUUUCGGCACCGGGCGACAAACGGUCAGAGACUUGCCAGGGGACAACUCACACCUGAAGACCUGCCCUAGGAGCACGAACGCAGAGGUGUCAACUAUGGCGCCAACCAUGUAUGGGGUGGAGUCGAGGCAUUGUUCAUGACCUCGUAUAAAUGUUUGCUGAGGCACAGUUCAGUCAAGAAGCCUAUGCAGAGCAUGUCUUCAUGAACCAGAUGCGUUCAAGAAAACGGCCACAUGAGGAUAGCUCUGCCGAAGAUGCGAAAAGGAUAGAUGACAGGAAUAAGGAGAACUGUUCUCCAGAUAUGGCAAUGGGUGCACCAAUGUACCACAGCACACCGCUUAUGGCAGGUCAUCGCGAGUUCUUCCAUUCAAAUAUGGCAAUGGCUCAAGCGCAGAUGCAAUUUUAUCCUGGCUUUUUUCCGCCACCUUUUCCAUGUCCGGAGCAAAAUUCAAUGUCAUCGGACAGUGGGAUAAAUUCAGACGAUUCUGGCCUUCAACAGGAAACCUUAUUCGACAACGGCAAAGGUUUUCCAGCUGAGAAUAAACCGACUACGUCGUCUGCAUCGACUUCAAACAUUCAUCCAAAUCGUCCUGCCUCUCCUUCCGUGAAUCCUCUGGAAGUAUUCGACGAAGCACCCGGAAGACUAUGCCUUCUUAAUGCAUCAACCAAAUACAAGGUGACGUUGAGCGAGAUUCAUCGUCGCAUGAGCCAUCCGGAAACUUUGCACGCCAGUCUUAUAAACGGUGUUCUGCGGAAGGCGAAAACGAAGGACGGAUGCAAAAUGCUUCGAGAUCGACUUGCUGAGAAAGGAGUAUCGCUUCCUUCCGGGCGAAGAAAAACUGCUCCCACGACAUCGUUCACGGCACUUUGUGAAAGAGAAGCCUUGGUCCUGGCACGCGAUUUCAACAAUCUUUGUAAUAACAGUUUAAACACAUUCGAGAUUGCCAGGCAUGCCAGUCGUCUCCAGCAGACACCACAAGAACUUGCUAUCAUCAGACGAUUCAUAGCUGGAAUCAUGGCAAUCUUCGACGAAGUUCCCGAGGAUCCAGAGGAUUACGUUGAGAAAAAUUCAGCGACUCAUGCAAUUAACACCUUCAGCCUGCUGACGCAUGGCUUUGGACACAAUGCAAUCAAAUCUGUGCUAAGAGUGCUUGGGAAGAUUGUCGAUCAACAACAUGCUAUGCUCCAAGGGGUUCCGCCACAGGGCCCUAACCAACCACCUCCAUUCAUGCCAUAUCACAUGCAGCAGUUUCUCUAA